AUGCAGCAGGAUAUACAAUUUGACGCGAGGACCAGUAAUCCUGCGACGCGUGAUAACAAUGGCAAUAACGACCGUGGUAUUCCCCAGGAAGCCUUCGCGGGGGGCCAAGAGAUUGCAUCGUCCUUUGGGUUGGAACAGAUUACACAGAAAUGGGAGGACCCGGUGCGGCAGGACUCGACACCGACUACGUCCACCACGAACACGAGUACGUCAAUGAGUCUCGAGAUUACAGCGAACGAUUUCCGAGGGAGACCCAUGGAGAACAGUAGCGGGCAGCUGUUCGGUGGUAGAAGCUUCGAAAACCUUCGACAGAGCAAUUACAGUGGUCGAACAGAUUUCAUGGACCAAAUGAACAGUAACUCGCAACUGUUCUCGGAUUUGAUGUUCAGUCCACAGUCCACAACUGUACCGAUGAACUCUGAUUUGGGCCAGAACGCAUCGUCGUUGAUUCUGGACACUUCAAGGAACGAGAUGUCCAGUGACGUAUUCAAUGGGGCCUUACGUGCAUACUCCCCCAAAGACGGGAAAGAACAGGACCAACAGUUACGGCCCACUUACUCGUCCCACUCUACGGGGAUACAAGGUGGGGGGACCUACAACGAUAAUGCAUUCUUGGAUAACAAGAACUCGGAGACGCGUAACUUCCAAGACUUCAACGAUACAAACCUCGACACGAUCCUCAACGAUUAUGUCGACUCGGACCUCGUCACGGCGUUGAGUCCGAAUCUAUCCAAUUAUCACAGCAACACCACCAUGUACAAUGGGGAUCCAAGGAGACACAGCAUGGUGGUCACCUCCGAUGAUAACGUGAUGUUGGCAUCAACGUCCCGUGGGUCUAUCUCACACCAAUUCAACUUGCGGAACAUCGCACAGCAGGGCAAUUUGCCAAUGCAGGGACAAGAACACAGCGGGGCCACCUCGAAGACACCAGCGUCGCCUCCCUUCAGUCCUCCAAACGCAGAGGUGGACGUCAAUGAACUGAACAACAUCCUCGAGGACUACAAUUUCAACUUCACGGACCCAUUCGAUAGCAAUACGGGCAACAACAACAAUACGGUGUCCCCGACUGAUGGGGAUGUGACACACACUCUGCUUGAUUCAUUCAAAUUGCACAACGACGCACUGAUGAUGUCCCCACAGUCCUCGCGGACUAACAGCGCAAGACGGUUUAGCGUGCGGAAGGUGCCCCACCGAGGGUCUGUUCCGAUCUUCGAGUCGGAUUUCUUCACGAAGCUGUCACAGAACUCGAUAAACCAAGGUUCAUCCCGUGCAGAGGGGAUUGACCCGGCGGUGGGACCGCACCAUAAUCACCCGGGGCAGAACUGCAAUGGAUCCUUCAAAAUAAUAGGGUGGGAGAACUCGACACUGUCAGAGGACGACCACAGUUCGAUAAACUUGCGCAGAAUAGUAUCUGCGGGGGGCAACAGACAGCAACCACACAGCGGACUCAAUGCAAACGGGAACGGUCCCACGAAGUUCAUAAAACCGACUACAAUCCUCUCCGACAACGGAUCCGCCAUGGGAAAGUAUACCUCAGGAAAUGGCACGGACACCUUCUCCACAGGUGGUGGUACUCCGGACCACGCAAAGCUGUACAACGGUCUGUACAAAAGAUCUGCGUCUAUGACGAACACGCCCAAGUACAGAAGGAAGUCCUCGACGGCGAUCUCGUCCUUUGCGUUGACUCCUCUCACAGAUGAGUCCCUGGGACCACGCUCCUCUACACCGUCGAUGCCCCCCUCAGGGCUAUCCAACACACUGAGGCGGAGCGACCCGUCCACGGCAGAGGACGAUAUGGAAAAGCCGUUCCACUGCGAGCAAUGCCUCAAGGCGUUCAAGAGAAGCGAGCAUUUGAAGAGACACGUCCGGUCCGUCCACUCGCAGGAGAGACCGUAUGGGUGCAACAUCUGCGACAAGAAGUUCAGCAGGAGCGACAACCUCUCGCAGCACCUCAAGACACACAAAAGACACGGCGACUUCUAA